UUCUUAUUUCAGUCCUCCCAGUUCGAAUUUUCAUCCUCUACUCACUACCCCAAGAAAAUUGUCGGUCUAUUGCUGAGAUAUGUUGAUAUGAGAUAUGACGUCACAGUCCUAUGCUUAUCGUCCGCACCAAACUGCCAUGACGCAUUACUCAGUACUCUGUAUUGUGAUCGAGAAUUCUUCAAGGCGAGCGCAGUCAAAUGGAAAACCCUUGGAGGGUCCUUUUAGGGAGACUUCUAAUAACAAUCCUAUUGAGGCUAUGGUUACACUAGGUCAUUGUACUCGGUCCUUGAGUCGCAACACGAAUCACAUAUCAGAGUGUGCUUUCGAAUGGCCAAAAUACUUCCGAAUAAGUCAUGUGCAAAAGCUUCGCUUUGCGGACUUCUCGAGUGCCAUUAUUGAUAAAAAGGAUCUUUAUCCCGAUCUUAUUUCCACAUUGAUCGAAAACUUGAACAUUUUGGUACCAAGGUCAAUUGGACCGCCGACCCGAAGAAAGCGGAAGCGUCCUGGCACAGCGCCUUGGACAGGUCAUCUGAUACAUGGACGACUUCCAUUGCUGGUACUGUAGUGGUGUGCCCCAGGAUACUACCGGAGGUACGUUACUUGCCGGUAUCGACCCGGCAUCUCCGUCAGGGUUUGCCCGUGUUCAGUACGAUAUGUUUACCACAUAUGAUCAGAAGUGAGGCUUUUGGAGGACCAGAGCAGGGAGGGUACCGCCGGAUAAUGGUAUUCCUUUGGCGGGUUAAUGACAACCAAUUCGUUCUCGCCGGGCCUAUCUCAUCGGACACAUUCGCC